AUGCUGCGCCGACUGUACAAGCGCAGCCCAGCUCGUCCCAUAGCCGUGGUCAGUGAGCCACUCAGCUACCCGAUUCACCUCCGCGAUCCUCCGCGACUAGACCGUGCUCGAAAAGAACUCUCCAGUGUACAAGUUUUCCAGUGUUGUGCGUCGCCGUUCUCAGCGCGCGUGCUGCGUCGAGAAACAACAGAUCAUCCUGCUUGUGUUCGACUGGUAUUUGAGGGACCAAGACUUGGCCGCACUUUCCUCUGCAUAAUUAAGUGGAAGCCGGGUCUCCGUGGACGUCUGGAGCCGGCUGCGAUGAGGUGUGGGCGAGUCACUCUACCGCCGCGGGACCCGCUGUGCCGUCUGCAGUUUAGCCUGCGGCAACUCACGGUAACCAGCGUCAUCAGAGGUUAGAGUCAGAUAGGGCCUUUGGCUGCUGUGGGCUAGGGUUCAGGGGUUAGGUUCCCACUCCCACCCAGAGUCCUUCACACAUUCACAACACAUUCACAACACACGACCGGUACGACAGUCGCGGCGUAAAGCGGAACGGGACUAAAGCGAGAGUCGCGACGGCGCGAGCGGCGCGAGCGUGGUUGUUGUCAAGCUCAUCGUCUUUGGAAGAGAGGAAACAAAAUUGAAGAUGUUGAAGACGCAUUGGCUUGCCGGUAAUCAGCCCCAUUUUCCUGUUUUGCCGUUUGACUUUCGGAUUGUUUCCCCUCUCAUGGUGGUUUUGUUCGCAGGGUAUGUACUCGCUCACUGGAGCGGACAGCAGGCUCCUGCUCGCCCUGCACUGCUGCUGGCUCCAGCCGAGAAAAAGACUGUUAGUUGGUGUGGUGUGGGAUGAAGUCGCAGCGUCUUUGAUUAUGUGUUGGGUCUCAUGACAGUCGGCCGCCGGCCGGACCUCGCCGCGACUCUGCCUGCUCGUCUCCCGAGGACAGCUGGACCAGCUCGUGG